UUCUGAUUCCCAAAUAACAUUGAUGGAGAACAGAACAGAGAUGACAGGGUUCAUCCUCCUAGGACUAACGAAUGCACCAGAACUGAGGGCCCCUCUGUUUAUCAUAAUCAGCCUUAUCUAUUUCACCAAUGUGAUUGGAAACUUGGGAAUGAUUGUGCUGAUUCUCUGGGACUCUCGACUCCACAGUCCCAUGUACUGUUUUCUUGCUAACCUGUCUCUGGUGGACAUCUUUUACUCCUCAGCUGUAGCUCCAACAGUUUUGGCUGGACUUCUUGUAGGAAACAUAGUUGUCUCCUACAAUGCCUGUGUUGCUCAGAUGUUCUCAUUCUCAGCCUUUGUCACUACAGAAGAUUUACUUUUGGCUGCAAUGGCCUAUGAUCGCUAUGCAGCAGUGUGCAAACCCCUGCAUUAUACCACCAUCAUGACUCCAACUGUGUGUAUAUGUUUGAUAAUGGCCUGCUAUGCUGGUGGUUUCCUGAAUUCCUCCAUCCAUACUGGGGACACAUUCAGGCUUUCAUUUUGUGGAUCCAAUGCAGUUCAUCACUUUUUCUGUGAUGUUCCAGCAGUCAUGACUCUCUCCUGUUCUGAUAAACAUGUUAGUGAGAUAGUACUCAUUUAUGGAGCAGGCUUCAUUAUCUGUUCUGCACUCCUUGUUAUUUUGAUAUCUUAUACAUUCAUUUUUAUCACCAUCUUCAGGAUGCGCUCAGCUGCAGGAUACCAGAAGGCUAUGUCUACCUGUGUUUCUCACUUCACUGCUGUCUCCAUUUUCUACGGGACUGUUAUUUUCAUGUACUUACAACCCACCUCCAGCCACUCCAUGGACACUGACAAAACCGUGUCUGUGUUCUACACCAUGGUCAUCCCUAUGCUGAACCCUAUGGUUUACAGUCUAAGGAACAAGGAGGUGAAAAGUGCAUUCAAGAAAGUUGUGGAGAAAGCAAAGUAUUCCUUAGGAUUUUAAGUCUAGCAUUAUAUGGUGCAUUGUAACGCAACUCCAUACCUAUCAAAUUUUCUUAGGUACCUAGUGACCUAGAGUCAGGUCACAUUGAUAUCAA